UGAAUGGUUGCUCUCUAAGCAGCCUAUGGCUGCGCACCGGAUGCGAGAUAUCCGCUGCAACAACAAGCGCUCUGUCCCCCCCUUCAGCUUGACGCCAUUUACAGCCCAAAUCCCGACCUCCCCUCCGGAAAGAAGAAAAAAAAUAACACACUCACACACACGCACACUCACACACAAGAAAAAGUACAUGCAAACUCUCAGAGCGUUGUGGAUAACAUACAGCGAAUUAAAACUCCUUGCGAGCUGGAGAUUUGUUUCUCGCUUUGCCUUUUUCGCUCCCCGCUUGUUGCAAGAAAAGAGGAAGUUUACACUUCGGCGGUGAAUGAUUGAAGUUUUCGCCCGUUUUAAUGCCUCGUGCUCUUGCGCAAAACACGGGAUUUACGCCUUAGCGCCGCUUUUCGUGAAAAUGCGCUGUUGGUCGGAAACUUUCUCAAUGGAUUUUACCGACGACUUUCCGCAGUGAGUUGCUCGCGUAGGGAAUAAACUCUCAAACUGGAUUUAUUUCACCUAGACGGGGGCUAAAGUGUCGAAAACACGGACUUCAGAUGUGUCCCAUGCCAGCCAGAGCGGCCCUUCAGUCCCGAGAUGGAUUCCAGAAGUCAGAACGACAACGAUGGGGGAGGAGGACGCCACGAAUGUUCAUCGAGUGGCUCACUGGACACUCUGCGUGACCAAGGGAGGCUGCAGCCACAGCCUCUGCAGACCAACAAUGCACCUCCCGAUCCUGGGUUCACCAAUGGGCAGCCGCCCCAUACUUCAGCUGUGCUAUCUCUGGAUCAGAUCAGGAUAACUGGGAGUAGUAAUGAGUAUUCAGAAGGGCCCACAGUGGCCCAAAGGUCUCCAGCUUCUGAGCACAGGCAACAGAAGAGUGACUUUGUUACAUCACCAGGUUCAAGGACCAGUGGGCAGCAGGAGACUCAGGAAGAGAGGCCUAAUAAUCUCCGCAACUUGCCUUCAUUCACUCAGUGUGGAAGCACAAAUAUUUCCACCUCUUCCAGGGAGGUUGUGCUGCAAUCCUCAAGUGCAGAGGACUCCCAGAGUAGCAUCCGGACCAGCGUGGGGAGCACUUCAUCAGGCCAGAGGCUACUUAUCAGCCAGGCAGGCAGUAACCAGAUAAUCAAAACCCAGCCGAAACGCACAGAGCUCAAUUCAGAUGAGCUUAAACCUCUGAAUAAUGAGUCCAGGGUGGUGGUGGCCAUGCCAGGCAGCAGUUUGAGCUCUAAAAAUGAAGGUAUACACUCAAAGUGUGAGGACUGUGGUCGGUGUCAGUGUUCAGAGUGUAGCCGCCCGCGGGUGCUUCCUUCCUGCUGGAUGUGCGGCCGUCGAUGCAUGUGCUCAUUGCAGAGCGUGGUGGAGUACGGGACAUGCGUGUGCUGCGUCAAGGGCCUUUUCUACCACUGCUCCAGCGACGACGAGGACACGUGCGCCGACAAGCCCUUCUCGUGCAGGCAGCCACACUGCUGCGUCCGCUGGACCACUGUGUCUCUAUUCUCCCUGCUCUUCCCCUGUCUCCUGUGCUACCUCCCAGCUAAAGGAUGUGUCACUGUGUGCCAGAGCUGCUAUGACCGAGUCACACGGCCCGGCUGUCGAUGUUAAAAUGCAGAAGGGCAGAAAGACUGAUGACUGAACUGAUAGAUGCCCUGUAGCUGUGUAGUCAAAAGGUUUGAUUAGAGAACUAAUGAUGCUGUUGUGCCCCCCCUGACUUUCUACAGUUUCAUGCCUAUCAGAUCUGGGCAGAGUGAAAUUUUUGCCUUAAAUUGCCAAUUUCUGAGGCUCUCUGACAAAAAAAAGAGACACUGCAUGUGUACUCGCACACCCUAGAAUUAUGAGUUUCACUUCAGAAGUAAACCAAAAUAAGCGCUCCACAUGUGAAAAGGUAUGAAGUCACAUUCAGCUACUGUUUUUGGCUGAAAAAUGUUCACGUGCCCAGAUAUCACGUUGUUGCUAUGAGAGUCCAAAUGGAUAGCCUUUGUUUAACAUCUAAUACAACUUAUAUGCUAAGCACAGACUCCUCUUACUAAUUGUAUGUAAAGUAGUAGAUGCAAAGGGUAUGUACGUUCGAAAAUGAGUGUGACAGAUGUUUUAUUUUUGUACAUACAAUACUUCAACUGUGAAAGGUUUUCUGCCAUACCAGAGGCACCUUGUUAAAUCCACAUUUCUAAGAAUCAGUCAGCUUCAUUCACACAAUGUUUGUACAUUCUCUGGAAUGUAUAUCAAUCAUUUUUAUGUAACUUACAAAGGCAAAGUCUUAUCCCUUCUACUUGUAAAUUGUACAGUGACCUUAUAUGAGAAAUUUAUUUUCUAAUUCCAACAUUGCUUAGUGUAAAGUUAAAAAUAUAUAUUUAUUUGAAGGUUUAUUAUUUUAUAAUGACAAAUAUUUAUUUUGUGAAAGCAUGUCACCUCGCGUGGGGCUAUUUUGUUGUGGCUGCAGAUUUUGAGGUGACGUGUAGGAGUGUUAAAGCUGGAUGAAUAGUUCACUAUGAAUUAGAAGACAAAUAUAUUAACGUUUGAAAUUAAACAACCUUGAAGUCUAA